CUCUGCCUGGCCCGCCCAGAGACGUUGGCCCGCCAAUGAGACACGACCGUGCGAGCGCCACAUGUGUGUGUGUGAAUACACACACUGUAAUGCAAGUGUUUCUUGUCGGUUCUUUGACGUCUCUUGUAUUUCCACAACGAGACUGUAGUGGGGGUUAUCUCAGCCAUGGUUGAGAAGGAAUUGGGGGAAAGGAACUUUGGCUUUGACUCACUGAAGUACAUGAACUGCGACAUGCCGCCGGUUGCGAGGCACCACCGCCCGGCAGCGGGCAGCGGGCAGCAGGCAGCGCGCGGUUCAGUCUACUUCAGAUUGAUGAGAAAGUGGAAGAACCAGAGACGUCGCAGAACCCCACAAAGUCGUUUGUGAUUCAUAAUAUCGUCUGGAGGCGCACACAGCUUUUGGCCGUGAUAAUAUGUAUUGUAUGAUAUAGAUAUUAGGGAUGGGCGUGAGGAAUCGAUUACUCGAGUACUCCUCGUUACAAAUGAACUCGGUUGCUGGACAGGCAAACUCGAGUUUGCAUAUACACACACAAACAACGUUUUCUGAAGCAAAAGUAUGAAUUUUCUGUGCGGCGCGCCGGUGCCACUAUUACAUGCCGUGGGCACAAAGCAAAUGAAAUGUAUCAAAUUUCUGUGUGGCGCGUGCCGUGCCGUGUGCAGGCACGCCAGAAUUCAAAAAGUUAAGAGAUGGUGGUUAAAGCAAAGCGCAGCGAAGAAUUGAAAUACUUUAAAGUAAUAGGAGAUCAUAAGUUAAAAUGUAAAAUAUGUCAAGCGAAAUCGAGCUACCAGAGUACUACAAGUACUAUGCGGCAACAUAUGCUCCUGAAACACAACGCCUUGUUUGCAAUGGUAUGCAAAGUAUGAGCGGUCCAAGAUGGCGGCCGCAUUUCUUGCGCCCAGCAGCCAAAGCUGCGUCUGCUCUUUAACAUGUAAAUGAUAACAACCAUGACAGUCAGGUGACAUGGAUGCAGGCCCAUUGAAACGAAUAGGGCCAAAACAAUUAGGCAUUUCACAUGUUUAGAGCUGUUAUUGUAAAACUACUGUGUGUGUGUGUGUGUGUGUGUGUGUGUGUGUGUGUGUGUGUGUGUGUGUGUGUGUGUGUGUGUGUGUGUGUGUGUGUGUGUGUGUGUGUGUGUGUGUGUGUGUGAGAUACACACACACUCGUGGCAUCUCUGGGGGGGCAAAUUAAUGGUUGCUCUCUAAAACUAUGUUAUGCUAAAAUAUGACUAAUGUGUUUUGUUGUAGAUGCCGCGUCCAAGCAAGCAGUCCAAGGCAGCCGAGCGGCGCUGUGCUGAAAGAGGGCUGACUGCAGUAGACCUGGGGUCUGCUGCCGAGGUUGCGCUUCCUCGUAAAAUUAAAGUUGCCGAGAUCUGUGCUGAUGGGGUCGUUUCAUCAAGAUGAUUUACAGUUCGGAAAGGAUCGCAACAAGCAAUGUGGUGCCAUCAGUCUGACUGCAGUUCUGAAGUCCAAUCUGAGUGACGUGUGGACCUGGACGAGCAGAGAUCUCGAUGAUGUUUUGAUUAAGGGAACUGUACUUUACAGAUCAAUGAAUGCACAGCGUCUAAUAAGAGACCAAGGAAGAGGUUACAUUGCUGUGUCUGAAUUGCCUAGACACUACAAAGUGUGGAAUACAAAUUUUGCAAUUAACUAUGCAGUCUUUCACUGGAUUGAUUCGUGUUGAUGACUAUGAUCAAAGUUUACGUGAUGUUGCUAUGCCUUUUGAUGAAGCACUCCAGCGUUCACUAUAUGGUAAUGAUGCUUGUUUGUUAACCAUUUGUGCUAAUACAUGUGCAAUAGUCAAUGGAAGAGGCAAGUUUGCAUUUGUUGAUUCGCACAUAAACUCAAAUGUCAACAGGAAAGGUCGAAGGGCAAGCUGUGUUUCAUACUUCAACUGUUUACAGUCCCUGAUCCGUCAUGUGUAUGACUUUGCAGAACGGUUUGGCGGAAGUACACCCCGAUUUGAGGCAACAGGUGUGAAAGCUGCAAUAAUCCAUGUCGACCCGGACAACGCCAACUACAGUACAAUGGUAAACCGUCCACUCUACAGUAACAUCGUCAAAGGUAAUCCUAUGCAUAAAGUGUGUGAACAACUGCCAGGUGUAAGUGAUGCUGGUAACUUUGGUAUAGACACAGGUUACUGUUCUGAUAAGGGUCAGUGUUUCAAAAGAGAAAUUGAAUCACAUGUCAACGAUGUCAUCGAUGUGGAUGUAAACACGGCCGCACAACCACCUGAAUGUUUGAAAAGAGUGCCCCUUUACCAUUCUGAUAAAGGUAAGCGACCUCAGCGUGUCAAACGUGUCAAAACCGAAAUUAAAUCACAUGUCAUCGAUGUGGAUGCAGACACGGCCAAAGAGUCUUUUCAAUCACAGUGUGGUUUAGCGGCUACAGAUGAUGUCAUCAUUAUCGAGGAAACUGUCGCCAAACGGCCCUUUAAACCUUUAACUCGUGAGGAUCAGGAUGUCUUGUGCAAACAAAUUGGACUGUCGACUGUACAUUCUGAUGAAAGGCCAAACACAACAAGCAGUGUUGACGAUAUGGGAUGUCCUUAUAAAAAGUAUAAAAGUAUAAAACCAGACGGAAACUGUUUUUAUCGUAGUCUUGCCUGGAGCAUAUGUCAUGAUGAGGACCGGCACUUGAAAAUGAGACGGGCAGUUGUGAAACACCUCCAGAAUAACAGCAACGUAUUUGAGUCAUACUUGAGAGAUGGAUAUACGUCAGUGCCAGACUACAUAACAAAAUCAAGAGUGUACUACUGUGGUUCUUGGGCAAGGCAUAUGCACUUGAAAGAAUGCUCUCGCAAUGUACAGUUCAUUCCCGUUGGCGACAAUCCUGUCAGGAUGAGUUUACCUUUGAGUGUGCUCCAAGCUAAAGCUAAGCGCCAAACGUGUAAAGACGACAGCAGCAUUUGGAUGACCAACAUAAUUGAGAGAUACCACAACAGACCUGAGUUAGCAGAAUUUCAAGAUAUGUGCUUGGCCAGUUUUUGCUCAGAAUACAGAGUUAUUUAUGCGUCGCAGGUUUCGGCAGAAAAGGGUUCAGGUGACAUAAUACAGCUCAACAACGACUGCGGUUUUGUGAAACGACGAACCCGAACGCAACCCGCUGUCGUGAGGUAUCCCAGAUUUUCUCCCACAAGAGACCCAGAAAAGUACUUCCAUUCGUUGCUUCAACUUUUCCUGCCUCACUACGAAGAAUAUCACCUCAAACCGUCCCAGUUUGACACAUACGAGCAUUUCUACAAGAACGGUGCGGUUAAAUGUGGCGGCGAUGUUCGACGAGUGCAGGCCAUUGUGGAUGACAACAAAGCUGUAUUUGAAAUAGAGAACGAUGCCAUCGACCAAGCUAAGCAGUUGCUGGAAGAAAACAUUGAUUUAGAAGAUGCAUGGGCUCAGCUGUGUCCUGAAACAGAAAGAGAGCGUCUUCGCUGUUUGGAUCUCAUGAAAGACAGAGUUGUAGAUGAUGAAGACGCUGAUGGCACAGAACUUAUGCCUGACCUGACAGCUAACCCACACACUGCGUGCACUUUGGAAACGAAUCAUGUGACGAUGCCCAGGCAAGACGCGUUGGAUUUAUUGCGAUCGUUGAACGAACAGCAAUCUGCCGUAUUCUAUGCCGUCCGUCAAUGGUGCUUGCAGAAACGUCUUGAACAGAAUCCUGAGCCUUUGCGAUUGUUCAUCACCGGUGGAGCAGGAACAGGCAAAAGCCAUUUGAUCAAAGCACUACAUUACGAAGCCACUAGGCUGUUGUCACAGAUUGCUGAAAAUCCAGAGGAUCUCACUGUUCUUCUAACGCCACCUACAGGCGUGGCUGCGUACAACAUUGGUGCCGCGACCAUUCACCACACUUUCUCCAUUGGUGCAAAUGUCAAGAUGCCUUAUCAACCUCUCGGCGAUGAGAAAGUGAAUUCGCUACGAAGCAGAAUGGGCAACUUGCAAAUCCUGAUCAUUGAUGAAGUGUCCAUGGUCGACCACCGUCUUUUAGCCUACAUUCAUGGUAGACUACGUCAAAUCAAGCAGACUGGUGAUUAUUCGCCGUUUGCAAAUGUUUCCGUGAUCUGUGUGGGUGACUUUUACCAGUUGAGACCUGUCAAAGGCACACCUCUUUUUGCUGACGGCGGAAACCUGUGGGAAGACAACUUUGAAGUCGCUCAGCUGACCCAAGUCGUUAGGCAAGAAAAUGCUGAAUUUACUGGAUUGCUAAACCGCCUCAGAGUCCCUAAAAAGAAGGAACCUCUCAGCAGCCGUGAUGUACUCACACUGAAGCAGCGUGAAACUGGUGAAGACCCAACUGACAUUCACAUAUAUGCUACAAACGCAGAGGUCGAUAAAUAUAAUGUGAAGAGACUGCAAGACACCUGUCCAGACGCAGUCAGCAUUCAGGCCCUCGACUUUGUACGGAACCCCAAAACCGGAAGAAUGGAGCGGAAAGUUGGCUUCCACACAAAAAUCUUCAAUUCCUGCUUGCCAAAAUGCGUUUCGUUGGGAGUGAUGUUGAAGAAGAACAUAGACGUGUCUGACGGCCUUGUAAACAGAGCGUGCGGCACAGUUGUGGAAAUCAUCAGAGGUAAAGGGGACGAUGACAUUCCUGCAGCUAUCCACGUUGACUUUGAUGAUCCUAAUGUUGGUAAGAUUCAGAGAUCAAAGUCAAAGAGGGUUCUUGAACGUUCAUCAGUCGUGGAAAAACAAGAAGACCAGGUGACCACUGCCGGAGGAAUUCGAAUUCAGCUACCUUUGGGUUUAUCUUGGGCGCAAACUGUACACAAAUGCCAGGGCUUAACUGUUGAAAGGGCUGUUGUAUCACUCAAAAAGAUCUUUGCUUCAGGUCAAGCUUAUGUUGCAUUGAGUCGUGUGAGAACUCUCAGUGGACUGAUAAUUGAGGACUUCAGAGAGUCAGUUAUAUUUUGUGACGAGAAAGUAGAGUCAGCUCUUGAAAACAUGCAAAAGUUCAGCUAUGGAAUGUCUUUUUUGUCUGAUGUGAAUCCUGUGUGCACAAUAGCUCUUCAUAACGUACAGAGUUUAAAUGCUCACAUUCAGGAUAUCGCAGCCCAUAAGUCACUCACCAAAGCUGAUUGUAUUUGUUUAACAGAGACUUGGCUCAACACAGGUUCCGAGGAACCGCAACUUCCAGGGUACACGUUCAAGCACAAUGCGUAA